UUGUUUUCCGUCCGGCCGAUCCCGUCGGUUGCGGAGCUCCGUGAUGUGUCGGUCGGGGAUGCGAGCUUCGCGUCUCAUCGGCCUGGUUCCUCGGCCAAAUUGACGCCAGCGAAGCUGCGAAGCAAAACCGACGAAGCACCACGCUCGUCGUGCUCUGGACGUCGUUCCAGGGGCACGCCGCGACGCGACGGACUUUUUGAAAGAUCAAGCUGGACUAACACCUAGGAAGCCCUGGCUUCUCCGCUACACCAGGAGAGUCAGGCCCCCGCAAUGGCGCCGACGACGAUUGAGACGGUCACGGUCGUCAGGCCGCUGAAGGUGUUCGCCUUCAUCUGCGGCCUGAUCGUGAUCCUGCUGAUGAUCCUGUGCCUGGCCUCGUCCAACUGGCUCAUCGCGCACAAGUUCCGCCAGGGUCUCUGGGAGCAGUGCGUGGAGGAGGACGCGCCGCUCCCGCUGCCCUUCGGCCUGAACGUCAAGCCCGGCUGCUACGUGGCGCGCACCGUUGCCUACAUCCAGGCGGCCGCCGCCCUCUGCGUCAUCACGCUCCUGUGCGACAUCGCCGCCACCGUCAUGACCGGCUGCGGCCUGUGCAGCAAGAACCCCGUGCGCAAGUACCUCAUGUACAGGCUUGCCUUCUACGUCAUGGUCUGCGCACUGCUGUGUAUCCUGAUCGCGCUGGUGAUCUAUCCGGCGUGCUUCGCGGCUGAGAUCGAGGAGAGCAACCGGCAGCUGUGGGAGUUCGGCUGGGCAUAUGGCGUGGGCUGGGGCGCGGCCAUCUUCCUGUUUGGCGCCAUCCUGCUCCUGCUGUGCGACAAGGAGACCGAGGAGAUCUACUACCGCGAGCGCGCGCUGCCGCACGAUGGGGCGGCGGACUCCAAGGCGUAGCCUCCGGGCGUCCGCCUGGGCAAUGGACGCGCCGUCGCCGCUUGAAUGUAACCCCACAGCGCGAGCGUGCCGAGGAAACGCCCAGGCGAUCGUCGCCCGCAGUGCUCCACCUCAAGUCUGCCUCCUACUGACGAUGAUGGGCCCCCCAUUGCCUCUGCCCCCUCUUCUCCGCUUAUGGAGCUUUGAAUGGGGAGGGAAGAGAGGACGACAACUGGUUAUUUGCCGAGCGGACAUUUGCAUUUCGCUCGGCCUGCAUUAUACACGUCUUUCUGCACCACCAGACCACGGCUACUCGUUCAUGAAGCGCGCAUAGUGUGGUUUUCUGAUAACAGUCUUGGGUGCAUAAGUGUCGGUAAGAAAAGUAUUUGCCAUCUAGCUCUAUGAGCUCUCCGUGCACUUUCCAAGUGCUUUUCCACCAUGUGGAAUGAGAGCACUCUAUCAUAUCAGACACAGUGUCUUUAAGGCCUCUUAAGGACUGUCAAUUCAGAACUGAGGACAUUGUGCAAAGCUUGAAGACUGUUGUUUGCAGAAAAUGCAGACUACUUGCACCUCCUGCAAAAGUACAGGCACAUGCUAGCCUCUAGUCAUUUGAAUUGGAUCAAUUGUUCCACCGAAUCACUUUUUGGCUGGUGAACCUAAACGCACUUAGCAUGUCAUCAGCACCGCUAAAAUAUGUUAGGCAGCAACUCCCUUGCUUUUUUCUGCUGCGGAUAAUGGAUUGCUGCAAUCAUGAAUGUGGAACACCUUGUAGAGAACUUGAAUGCGCAUGCACUUUGAGGUGUGCAGUGUACAGCUUCAGCACUUCCUGGGCACACACAAAGCCUCGGGUACAUCUGCGCUCGAUUGCACCUCUACCACAUUUUUAUUUUCUCGCAACUCUGGCUGAACAAUGCAAAAAAGCAGCAGCUGCAAUGAGUAGAACUUUGGUUAAUCUGCACAUUAUCACCAAGUUCUUGUGAGUGAAACAGCACUGUGUGCGUUUUGAUCGAGUAGCCGUGGCUAGAUGGUCUCGGUGAAAAAAGCCUUGCAAUCGCCUGGCCACGUUGCCGCCUGUUCAUACGAUCGUGAAGGAGUGCAUUGAGCUGCUCCAUCCUGCUGCUGCCGCUGCCUUCUUUGUGAGUGCUGGUGUGGAUGAUAUCAUUCCUCUUCCACUCCAAGCCUGCCGUCAUCAGCUGUGUCGGAGUGGAUGACUGGAUGUGGAAGUUUUGCCGCUUUCUUUUCUUUCUCUCUUUUUUUUUGCGGAAGGGCAACACUGUGCUGUAUAGAGCUGCACCACUUCAACGUCUGCCUGCAAAGCCAAAGCAAAGGAAGUUGUUGCCAUGAUUGCUUCAUCAGAUCUACUGCCACACCCCCACCACCACCUAUUCAUCCGGUGCAGUGAAGGCAGGUUGAUGACGGUUCCGUGGACUUCGCGCCAUCAUGGCACUGUAAUGCAUCAUAAUUGUGCACCGUGGCUGCGAGUGCGUGCCUGCUGUGACCCUGCACAACUCCAGGAAAAGUGCAAGACCAGCUCUUCCAACACAACGCAACGGUCGUGCAGACAACGCGGAGGCAGAUUACUCGCGGUCGCAAUGCUCAGUGUGAUGUGGUUGUCCUGUCGUGUCUCCAGACAAUGAAGGUGGCCACAUUCUAACGGUUUAGUUGAGCGAGUGUUAUUGUCGUCGCUGUGGACUUGUGCGUGGAACGUGGCAAAGUUGGAAAGAGUGGAAGCCUUGACGCUGCUGGCUUCGCGCGGAAGUGCAAGUUGUACACUGUGUCGGAUGUGCCGCUCUGUAUGCAAACUGCACGACAUGAUAGAUGAUGCCUUGAAGUGCUGGUUUACGGUGCAUACACGACCUGUAGGUUAAAAUAGCGCUCCUAUUUUACCCUUUGCAGAUUAACCAAGCUCUGGUAGAUUUCCGGGCACGCAUUCUCGGCUCUCUUGUUUUUUUGUUUUUUUUAAUAGAUAAUCAACCUUGAAAAAAAUGCGUGCUGCACAUAAAUAAAUGAAGGGACUCCAAAUUUAACCACACCAUGAAUUUACAAUUCAAAAGCUCCAGCAUGCCUUGCAUUGCUUGACAUUGACUGCUCAGGUCAUGCAAGGUGCAUGCCUCAACAAGCUAUAGUAGAUAUGUGUGUGCCUAAAUUUAAAACUGGAUUCUUCUUGCUAGGGAAUUCCGCUGCACUAAUUGUUACCUUUGAGAAUUUACAAAUUAAUCGGAGAUUGUUCUGGCUGUACAAGGUUGCAGAAAAUCAAGAUAGAACCUUGUCAUGGUGCAACAGUCUUGCUGAUCUCUUCUGGCCCAGGUCUUGUUUCUUCUGCAGUGGUCGUGUCACUUGUAAACCAGUUGUACAUAACAGAGAGGUCUUUUAUUCAUUAUUCUCGGUUCUUGCUAAACUGUUUGGUUACCCUCCUGCUCCCCCUAAACCCCAUCCCAGCAGCAAAGGGAUAGGCAGCUGUAAUGUAUGAGAACGUUUGCUAAGAAGACACCUCCCUGUUUUAUUGUUUUGUUCCAGACAUUACGAAUUUUGUUUUCUUGUUCUUGCUUUAUAUCAGCAGCUCUAGGCCCGCACAAGCUGCCCUUCAAAACUGAGAUCUUGCCAGUGAAACUUGAUUACUGACAAGAGUUGUAAGGGGCAAGGCUAUGAUGCAAUUUCAGCGCAGGAGCUUACAACAAGCUUUCUUUUUGUUGAUCAGUUGAGCACACAUAAAUAUGUAGUGUACUUCUAUGUCUGGUUAUCUUUUAUGGCAGCUGCAAUGAGAUUUUGCCUGGUUUUCGGAAACAAUUAUGUGUACUCUGUGUCUAUUGGAGAUUACUGUGUAAUUUAGUCUGCCUGAUAAUUUUUUUUCCAUAUUUCUCACUUUUUUUAUGUCGGUUUGUUUAUUUUGGGGCUGUAGGCAAUCGAUGGAUGAGUUCCUUGAGUUUUUUAGGGGCAAUUGAAAUGUUUCAUUUAAUGUUGCGUGCAUUAAACUAUGCAAUACCAUGUUAAUUUAUACUAUUUAGUAUGAUGAAACUCCAUCUUUGGGUUUUUAUGCUGUUUUAUACUCAUUCACUGUCAAGAAACUUGUUUUGAGAAUGCGCAAUAUUGCAGUAACAGACCCACAUUUUUUAAUAGAGGAAGUCCUGUCUUAGAUGUUUAAUGCUCAUGCAUUAUUGGGCAGCUGGUAAGGCAGUUUAAUUUCAUUUUGCUUUUAGACAUUUUAAUUAAUCAGGGUUGUCUGCCCUGCAUCAACAUCUAAUCCUUGGUAUAGUUUACCACGACUUGCAUUUUGAUUUUGUAAACGUUCCUGGGUCCUUGCAACCGUUGUGUUUGAUAUUCUGUCCUUAAUUAUAUUGAUGUCCUUGAUCCAACAUUGAGAAUAUCUAAGGUGUUUACCAGAAUGUUAACAGCUUCCUGUGGGGUGAUUUGAUGGUUGGUGUUUGAUGAGUGCGUGUUCUUGAACAGAACCUAUGCAGAACAGAUAGCAGCUUCUUUUCUUUUUUCAGUUCCAACAUCCACGAAGAAAGCUUGCGUGAAUCAACCUGAACAGCAAAGUGUGUGAACAGUAUUCAUUCAUAUAUCUGACGUAUUUUCUAGGAGAGAUUAUGCAGGUCAUUUGUCCCUAAGGUUUCUUCUUGUUUGAAGUUCUCUUGAAACACUGUAAACUGAGUUGUCCUUGUAAUUUAGAGCACUUGGCAGAGUUAACUAAAGCCUCUGGACAAAACUGUCAAGUUACUCCUUGUUUGACCUGCAAUGUGAGCACAUUGCAGUUUCCAACACGUUUCACUUCUUUUUCAUUGCCGUGUUCCAAAAAGCUCACGACUGAUUUGAUCUAAACACGGGAAAUAAGCCAGGGGCAACUUUUAAUGGAAAUAAGUAUAUUUGUCGAACCACUUAAAACCAGAGGACUUCAUCCGUUGAAAACGUUGGCACCAUUUGUGUACUAGAUAAAUUCACACUGUCGCUGUGAGCUCACUUGUCACGUCUGUAUUCGUGGGAGUUCCUUUCUGACACAUGGUUCUGUGGGAUGUGUGUGUGUGUGCGCGUGAGGAUUUUGCAGAUACGGAUUGUCAGUUGCUGUGGGCGAGGCAUGGGAAUGAAAUGUCGUCGUGCAAGGGAAGGCAUCGAGCAUGGUAGAGUUUCUGGAAUGCACGCGUCACGGAAGGGUUCUUCUCUGCUGACGCAUCCUCCAAGUUCCUCUCUACUAUAGAGUCCACAACCCUCUUCAUACCCCGACAUCCAAACAUCCCUCCUCUCCUGUUAUUAUUCUCUCUUUGUUUUUAGUCUUUCUAAACUCGGCUGUGUGAUGAGCAAGCCUUGAUGAGAGGAAGCUCACUUCUUGGUGUUCAGUUCAUACUUUUGUUUGAGAAAGAACACAACCCUGGUAUAGGGUGUAAUAGUAGUAAAGAGAAAGGCUUUUAAAAGACGAGGUGACUCAACGCUACAUUUCGCCAGCCUUUGUCUUGGCUGGGUUGUUUGUUUAUUGUCAUCUGGAUAAAGGACACGAUUUGUGCCCGACUAAUUUUGUAUGCCUCAGUUACAUAUUUAGCCAGUUUAGCCAGUUGCAGGCACAAGAGCUUUUUAAUGUCAUUGAAGCGGACACUUUGGAUAGUUGAUCUUUCGUUAUUCAACGCAACAGGGCGACAAGGUGAGCACACAAGGAAAGGACCAGCAUGCUUCGAGCACUACGAGACAAGCCCUGACACAGUGGAGGUUUAAUUUGUUAAAUUGAUUGUGUGCUUACGAAGGUUAGGAUUAAGGGUCACUUUUGCUGCAGACGUCCUGUCUCACUUUAUGUGGACACAUGAACUUUCCUGCAGCUCUGAAGACUGAUAGAGCCCAGUGUUGCCUAGCUUCAGUGAUUGAAUGACAAUUGGCAUAUUCCAGCACGAAGUGGUCAACAAAAGCGUUCCACUUGAUUAGCAUCAAGAAAGUGUAGGAACUUCUUUUGAAUGUUAAUGGCUUUUGCAGGUUGUGGCCCUUCCCUCUGCUCUCAUCAUGACAUUUUUUUUUUUCCAACUGAUAGCUUCCUCAUAAUGUUUGACUGAGGGAAUCACCACGGACAGACGACCUAUUCUCUGCCAGCUAAUCUAUUCGAUUAUUAUUUUACCGUCCUCUAAUAUUAACAUUGUGACUUGGAUACACUCAAUCAGUAUUAAAAACAUUGCGCUCAACCUCCGAUUGCCGGAAGCCAAGCUUAAGACAACACGACAUAGGACAUUGUCGAAGUAUCGACUUUCAGAAAAAAAUGGCAUGCAUGUUGCACCCGUAACUGACAAAGAACUUAAGGAUAAUGUUAGUCCCAUUUCUGUUUCUUUCGUCACCCUCUACGCUUGCAGAUGCAGAUUGUCAAUAUAUUACUUGGUUAGUGUCACAAUCGCAGGAAAGUUGUGCCGAGUGUGUUGCUGAGUAGAGUGUAGUAUCUCUUACCAAGCUUGAGGUUUGGGAAAGAUCAAGGAGCCCUCAAAAAGGGUAAUCCAAGAGAUUAGUGUGUUUAUGCUGUAAGAAAGUGUGGUGUGGCAUGUUAAGUUGUUAUUAUGCAGUAAGCAUGUCUUGCGUCUAGAUGUGCUACAGCAGCUGCACUAGUGAGUUCAUACAAUGUCCCGUAUGCUUUUGCAAAAGUGGGCACUGUUACAUAUGUUCUUGUACAAAACAGGCGUGUGUGGCCGGGUCCUUUGUGCCUCACGAAUAUGUAUGCAAUCAAAAUUUUAAUGGAACCUUACUCUGUUUGAAAAUUUAAAGUGUUCUAGAUCAGGUGUCGCUGUUUCAUAGUGGCACAAGUUGACAAAGGCCGACGACGGCAGUUUUUGUUUUUCCUCAGAUGUGUUGUAAGAAAAUUGACUAAUUUUUUGCUUACUUUUGUCGGCAGAUAUGUUGAACAUAAAAUUUUGUGCUGCUGAAUCGUUGGCUUGACGUUCACAUGGCAGUUGUCAGUCCUUGCAUUUAAUUAUAUAACUCCGGUAUUGCUUUCUUGGGGUCUGAGCCUUUUUUUGUUUUUGGCAAGACAGAAGAGGCGAAGGAGGAGGGAGAAAGCUCCCGAGUCACUGUCCUAGAGAUGUGAAUGUUGAAACCACUGCCAAACUGUGUCCCUUCAACGAACACAGUGUGUUAUGGAGUUUUGGUGCAAGUCAUACUAUGUCCAUAUUCUUUUCUUUGCAUUCUCCAUGAACACGUGUAUCUGUCUUAGUUCUUUUUUUUGUGAAAGGAUGUGAGUAUGUUGAACCCCAUAGGUACGGCUGCAUGGUUUCCACACAUUUGCAUCUGUGAACACUUUGCAUUGUGUGUGUUUGGUGUGUGUUUUGCAUUCUGCUGUUCCGUAGAUGCCACUGUAUGGUUACCAACACAUUUCUGUUGUGUGAACAUGACGCUUGCACUGAUGUCUGCACGUGACUUUUCUUAAGUGUGUGCAACUGUUGACAAGUGGAUGUGUUCAUUCUAGCAUUUCACCCUUAGGUGAGCAAUGUGCAAAGCGAACUUAAAUGGGGAAAACUUGAAGACCUUAUUUGUAGGUAGAGCUCGUGUAUGCUUUUUCUCUUCUUUAUAUUAUAGUGCCGUGUACAUUGCGUGUUUUUACGCUUAUUUAUACAGUCAAGUCAGUGUGUUUUCCCGGAGUUGCAUCCCAGCCUUCUCAGAUUUUGAUUUCUUGCUUUAAUUUUUGUGUGUGUGUGUUUAAAUUGUUAAGUCAAGUAAAAUUUUCUCCUCACUUAACUUUUGCUCUUGACUAAAGUAACAAACAAUUCACUGGAGAACAAUGGAUCACUUGCAAGAAACUUUCGCCUUUGUAAUAGUCAAAUCAUGUGGUUAGGUAUACCCAGUCCUUAAAGUGACUGUAGCAGAGCGAAUUAAGUUUUAUGUGCAUUGGUACUUUGCCAGACAAUCAAUGCACUAAAAUAGGUAGAAACAUAAGAAGAGGACUGAAAUUAAAUGGUGUGUUUGCAUUAUGUCCUCAGAGCUUGUUUCUUUUUCUUUCACUGUCGCCAUUCUUAUGGGACGUGCUGUGUUCAUUGCAUCUGUAUGUGUGCGACUCUUUCUUUUUUCCUUCAAGACAAGGGCUUGAAAUGUGCAUUUAAUUUUUCUCGGUUGUGCGGUUUGUAGGCUUCCUUAUGCUGCAUACUUCAUUCGUGUUAUUUUAGCAUUGAUGGAGGAUAACUGGACAGAUUGAUAUUAGUUUGCUUUUUUCUGACAUUUGUACAUUUUCUUCAAAGUGCGCUCAUUAGUGCCGUGCAGUACAGUGGAAGCUUGUUGAUAAACAAGAAAACAAAAUAAAGAGAGGGGGAGAGAGAAAGAAAAUAAGUUGGAAUGCUAAGUUAUGCUGGGAAAUGUGAUCCAACCACGUGAUCCGAACACUGCAUCUGCAGAGUUCUCUACCACAAUUGUAUAUAAACAGAGAAAGUCCUACGAUUUGUAGAAAUGUCGACAAAAGUUUAAAGCGUUUGCCACACCGUACGUGCAUGCAUCCCUUCGUGCACUGCCGUAUUCAUAGCUCUCACCUCGCUCCUCUCUGCACCGUACUUGAGGGACCUACCACGUUUUUUGCACCAGUUUCCAUCCCCUUGACGCUUGGCAAUAGAAUCGUAAUUCACUGUCAUUAACAUGAACCACCUUGGCUUUAGUGAGCUGCAUUGCACUUCUUUGUAUGUGCAUUGCAAAAAGCCUUCUGACGAGGUCACCACGAAACCAGCCCAUUAAGUGUUUGCAGCGGUGGUUUUCCUUUUCUACCUUUUCUUUUUUUCAUUUUAUAAAGCCUUGCAUGUUCGCACAGUGACAGGUGUCAGAAGCUGCAGGGAAGGUUAGCGGAUUUACUAUUAGGGCAAUUUAUAAACAGUGACAAGUCACAAAUGCAGGAGACACUCCUCCCAUUAAAGAAACCUUCGCCUGCUGUCUUAACUACGUAUCUGCUUCAGCGAUUCAGUAAGUAUGGCUGAGUGUGUUGCCCUCAGGUCUAACAGGGCCUUCUUUGCCUUCAGGACUGGUAAGGACAACAUUUAAAUGUGGUCAGUUGAGAAAGUGGUCUGUCUUCGGCAUAUGCUGGCCCGGUCAAGAGCAUCAUCUCUGUACACUACAGCUGAAAAAUGCACGCUAGUACAUGUCACCCGGAAGACACAGAUACCUACCUAAGCACCAAGUACACGACAAAGGAAAUGCGUGUGACAGCUACUUGUGAGUCUCGGAAAAUUCUUUUUCUGCUGCAUGCAGCAAAAGGAAAUUCUCGUUGCAGUGAUGGGGAAACUCAAAUUGCUAUUCAUGCCAAAAGGCAACAAAUCUCUGACAAAGAUUAGCUUACGUGACGCUCAGACAUGCUCGCACUGCGAGAGGAUGAAUGAAUGACAGCAAUUGUCUAGCGAGCGGUUAACAGUGCUCUUCGACGGGCAUUCGCCCUGCAUUCUUGACCUGUCACUGGCCAUAUGGGAUGCUGGCAACAAGAUAUGUUCAGUAUUGCUGCAUGCUUAUGCCAACUGAGGAACACAUCGGCAUGUUGUAUAUGUGCCAACUUGAUACUGGCUUGUCAUUUCUUCUGACUAAAAAAAGAAAAAAGUGCACACUUUUUGUGUGCGCCAUCAAAGGAAUGUGGCAGCUGCCAUUCUUGGAUGUAUUUUUUAUUUUUCCUAGCCAUACUUAAAAUCAUGUAUGAAUUCUGUACAAUUACCUUCUGAAGAUGUCUUUUGUGAGUUGCAGCCAUUUCAAAUGAUAGGUUAUGUUGGUCUACUUUUUUUUGUUCCUUUUUUCCUUCCGUCCGAGUACUUAGAUGCCCUACCUUAUAGGAGGGAAUCUUGUAUUAUAAAAAGAAAUGUCUUACUUGAAAACCUCAUUUCUUUUUCUUUGUAAAUAGGAAGAGAAGCUAAGCACUUACUUGCCAGUUGCUUUUGCUCGUAGUGAGUGAAGGCACGGUACAAUGGUAUAGCAUGCUAGGCUAGCCUUGUGAUGAUGUAGGGUUGUGCAUUUUAGUGUCCUUGUUUUGUUUUCGCGCAUGUUUAAUCUUCCGUUUUAAUGCUGCUGCGCAGCAUGGCUGUAAUAGGCGGGCAGUCAGUUUCUAAUUCAAGUUGUCGCAGUGAUUGAAAAAUAAAUUUGUCUUCAUUUUUUUUUUUCAUUUUACCAGGUAUAAGAUUGACUUUGGAAGUCUAAAAAAAAAAGAAACAAGAAGUGUUUGUAAAUAUAUUUAACUGGGCAACAUUCAAGGAGGACAGCUCUAGUGGACUUUCAGCGAUGUUUGGUGUUAAAACUACAUGCCACAACUGUUACAGUGCAUCUCGAAACAGGAAUUUCUCGUUUUUGUCAAGCUAAACUGGAAUCUUGCCUGCUCUAUAAAACUGCCCAAAUCUUGCAUCAUGCAGGCAGGCUGGUACAGAUGGCGAUCCUGGCUGAACUGCAUCCAUGUUCGUGCUCAAAUUUCACAACAAAGGCAGCAUUUGGCAGUGUGCUUUUGUUUAAGGCUGCGUUUUGGUGCAGUGUUUGCCUGUUUCAUCAGGAAGGAAUCUGAUCAGGAAGGAAUCUGUCGUCUGCUGCAAGGCCGAAUACAAAAUUUUUUCUUUUUCGAAAGGAAUACUACUAGCAUUAUCUGUCACUAAAACCGUGACAGUUCUUUGCAUUCUGUCAUCUUUGCAAUAGGUGUAUUGCCCUCUUGGGACAUAUGGCUUCACCAGAUCUACCGAUCCAAAAAUCUUUUCUGGUCAGCCAUGUCGUAGCCUAUGCAUGCACCCAAUUAAUUACGUAUGAAACAGGCACAUAUGGCACUCUAGCAUUGCAAUAAACAAAAUGCGGUGCCAAAUGCCACAUGGGCGUCAAAUUUGGUUGCAAGUGAUCGAAGCAGCGACUUAACUGAAAACGUCAAUGUCUGUCUGCCUGAGUGAUGCAGCAUUCAGUAUUUGCAAAUGCAGUAUGUUUUUACAGGCUCUUAAGAAAGACAAGAAUACAUCCCGAAGAUUUUCUGUUGAAAGGUCAGCGUUGCAGUUGAAAAAUUGCUAAGUUGCUAUGCUGCAACAUCAAUAUCUCUACUCUGAAGGAGUACUGUCUGAACAAAAUCUCGGGAGGCAUGCAUGAAAUUCCCCUGUGGUAGACAUUUCACCCGCGCACUCUCAUCUGUGGCUUUCAUGUGUGAAAGUUGCUUUGCGGUGUAAUGGGUGAAAGGAGAAAAUAGCACAAAAAAAAUGAAAGCAAAGUAUUCAGCCUGUGCAAAGAGGCUUGCAUAUAUAUAUGUAUGUUCAUCUCUCCGAGUGUUUAUAGAACUUUUUGACGUGCUUUGGCGCCAAUGGCAAAAAUGUUACUGCCUAUACUUUUGUGUGCAAGCCGUUUGUAGAUGCAACUCGCGUGUGUGAAAGAGUUGACAAAUUUUUGCAUUGCAUUUGCAGUAGAGCUUCUUUACUACCAUCUCCCUUGAAUAUUCUUGCCCGAAGGUUAUUAUUGUCAAUGAUCUUCUACAGUAGCCUCAAUUGGCAGUUCCCCUCUGAUCACUUCAUUUUCCUUUAGUUGCUGAACUCUGUUCAGUAGUGCAACUCUUAUAAUGCGGUUUGUUUUUUUGGAGAGAUCAAAUAAAAGUUACAUUUUCGACUGUUA